GGAAAAGUGCAAGCGAUCAUCAAUUCAGCAUCUCCUUGUUUUGUUCAUCACAUAGUAGCAUUAGUAUAUGCUAGUAAAAGUUCUUUCUGGUACUCCACUCCACCACAUAGCUUAUAGCUAGAGAAUCAAUUAAUGGCUGUGAGAUACUCGAUUUCUGUUUCUGCUCCCAUCAUCAUCCAAGAUCCUGCUUCCAGAAAGCCCGCGAGCAUAGUGAUGAUGAGUGCAGAGAAUCACAUAUCAGUCAACAGCACUGGAAGUAGUAUUAGCACAACUCCCUUUCCGAUCAGAUCACCUACAAGAAACAAGGUUUUUGAGGAUCCAUCCAAUGGAAUCGUCUGUUACAGAGAAGAAAAUGGGGAGAUAACAUGUGAAGGAAUCGAUGAAGGUCCUCGUCUACACCAUCUUUCUUCAAGAUUCACUGCUAUUAAUCAAAGGUACACGAGAAGCAGAGAUCAUUGACCUACUGGAAAGAAGUUUGCUUCAAGUGGUGGACAGUGACAAGACGUAAUUAGGCAAAGGCUGAGACAGGACACGGUGCCGCGGCGAGGCAACAGCAUCAAUCCGGACUGUAAUAAUCGAUGGCUGCUUCCUUCAUCUCAUUCUUCUGCUCAAUCCUCAGUUUCUGCAUAAAACAUAAUACUUGUAUAUACAGUCUUGCACCCAAUUGAUCCUUGGGUUAUGUACGAUGAAACUGACCGAGCAAAGAUCAACAAAUUCUGGAUGGUCUGUUUUGUUGUAAAGAUAGAAUGUUGGCCUUUCAAUAUCACGGCCACCAUGGUAUUAGCAGCUGGUAUAACCUAAUAAUUCGACCCUCCUCGUUGGUAUUUA